AUGAACAUGCAUCUAUUGAAAAAGUGCUUGGUUCAAAUCCGGUUUGUUUUUCUAAUCACAUCUUUUAUUUUUUGUGUGUCACUACUUCUUCUAGAUUAUUAUUAUUUAGCUACAAUUGAAGUAUUCACAAAAGUGCCUACAAAAAAAUUGGAUCCAUGUAUAGGUAAAUAUAUCUAUGCUUAUGAUCUUCCUAGUAGAUUCAAUGAGGAUUUGUUAAAGGGGUGUCACUCUUUAAUGAAGUGGGAAGAUAUGUGCCCCCAUUUAACAAACUUAGGUUUAGGACCUAAGAUUGUUGAGGAACCAGAUGGAAAUGUUCUUUCAAAGAAAAAUUGGUAUGCAACAAAUCAAUUUUCACUUGAAGUAAUUUUCCACAACAUAAUGAAGAAUUACAAGUGUUUAACCAAUGAUUCAUCAUUGGCUAGUGCAAUAUAUGUGCCCUACUAUCCUGGUCUUGAUGUAGGUCGAUAUCUAUGGGGUGGAUUUAAUAUUUCAAUUAGAGAUGAAUCACCAAAAGCAUUAAUGAAGUUUUUGGGACAACAACCUCAAUGGAAAAGAAUGUUGGGUAAGGAUCAUUUCAUGAUUGGUGGAAGAAUUGGUUGGGAUUUUAGAAGAAAAAGGGAUGAAAAUGAAGAUUGGGGAACAAAGUUAAUGUUUUUACCACAAGCAAGUAACAUGUCAUUUUUACUAAUAGAAGCCUGUGGUCUAUAUGAUAAUGAAUUUCCAAUUCCUUAUCCAACAUAUUUUCAUCCUUCAAAUGAUGAUGAAAUUUUAAUGUGGCAAAACAAAAUAAGAAAAAUGAAAAGGCCUUACCUUUUCUCAUUUGCUGGUGCUCCAAGGCCUAAUUCAACAUCUUCUAUAAGAAAUGAGCUUAUGAAACAAUGUGAAUCUUCAAAAAGUUGCAAACUUUUUAGUUGUUACAAUAGUCAUAAUAGCAAAAAACAUUGUGGUGAUCCUGUUGGUGUUAUGGAAGUUUUUCAGAAUUCAGUUUUUUGUUUGCAGCCACCAGGUGAUUCAUACACAAGGAGAUCAACUUUUGAUUCAAUUUUAGGUGGUUGUAUUCCUGUUUUCUUUCAUCCACAAUCAGCAUACAAACAAUAUUUGUGGCAUUUUCCUAAGAAUUAUUCUAGUUACUCUGUUUAUAUACCUGAAAUUGAUGUCAAGGAGAAGAGAGUAAUGAUUAAUGAAACAUUGUUUAAUAUUUCAAAAAGUCAAGUGUUGGCAAUGAGAGAAGAGAUUAUUGGACUUAUUCCAAAGAUUUUGUAUCGUGAUCCAAGUUCUAGAUUAGAGAAAUAUGAAGAUGCUUUUGAUGUAGCUGUUAAGGGAGUUCUUCGAAGAAUAGAAGCAAUGAGAAGAGAUAAUAGAAGCAACUAAGAUACAGAAGUUGAUGCUCUUUUCACAUUAUUUUUUGUACU